AUGUUUGGCAACAUGUCGCAGCCAUGGCUCGACGAUCUGAGCGAGGAGUGGGUCCCGCAGCCGUCAACGCCGCCAGCAGAGCGCCCCAUGCCCACACUCACGCCCACGCCCGCGCCCGCGCCCGUAGCCCAGAGCGCGCCGCCGAAGCCGCGCAGUCGCCUCCCCCGCCUCCGACACUCGUCCGGCUCCUUCUCAGAGGUCCACGUGCGCAGCGACCUGCGCCCGACCAAGCAGCGCAACGCCCUCGCCGAGCGCAGCAACAGCGACUCCAACCCCCCGCCCGCCGCGCACGACGACGACUCGCACCUCUACCCCGCGCGCGACGUGUCACAGUCCUUCUCCACCACCUCCGAGGGGUCCAUCUUGUACGGCACCGUCGCCCACAACACCGUCGCGAUAUCGGCAGCGAGAGCGAGCGGCGACUACGAGACGCCAGAAUGGAAGCGCCGCCUGGUCAGGGGCGAGGGCAGCGAGCAGAAGGACCUCUUUGGCCCCACCGGCCUCGAGAACAUGUUUGCAAGGCCCACGAGCACGCCGGCCAAGGAGGAGCCGCAGCUGAAGCGGAAGCUGGCCGUGCUGAGGGGCCUGUCCAAUCUGCCUGCGCUGCCCUCUAGCCCGCCGCCAUGGCCAGCGCCCGCCAGCGUCGAUGAUUCGGAGCUCGAUCGCUCUGUCUCGCAGACGGGGAGCCAGGUGCACCAUAGACAAGACUCGCAGCAGGAGGCAUUGAGCACAGACGCCCAAGAGUCGCUCUCUGCGAUACAGCCCGAACCAGCUCGCACGGUGAGCGGCCAGAUCGAGUUUGAGAACGAGCAGUUCAGCCCCGUCUUCAUCAACACCGAACUCGAGAUUGGACAGACACUGAACCCGGCGCACAACUUCAGAGGCUCGGAGCUUGCGAACAGACUGCGACAGAUUGGCUCGCCGCCGCCCGACCAGCACGACUCGAUACCCGAAGAAAGCUCGCUGCACUAUGCUCGAGAAGACUCGUCUCUCGUCAGGACACAAGACGACUCGCUCCCUGAAGGCCUGCCAGUCGGCACGCCCGACAUCGCAGAUGUUGGGCGCUUUGUCGAGCUCCGAAGAGGAGGCUACUCUCGAGAAGGGUCGUUUAGAAGACGGCCGCUCAGCCCAUCGCCCGAGAGAGCGCCUACAGCACAAGACACUCUACAAACAGCUGUCAGGGACACCCCACCAACCGCCGGCGAAUCAGCCAUUGUCGAGGAUUACGACGACCCGAAGACCCCCCAUCGACGACGAGCCAAUGAGUUCCUGAGCCCCGAUCGAGCAAAGAGCUCAGGAAGUCCCCUCAAGCUUUUUGGCGCACACGAUACCUUUACAAGCAACCGGCUGAUCAGGCGACUGAGCCAACUGGAAUACAAACCAGACUCACCCAGAUCUGGUAGUGCGCAGGAUGGCAGAGUGGAGGCAACAAGACCAGUACAGAACAGAUCAAGGUUGACGUCGGUCGAAGAAGUCAGCGGUGUGCACAGCAAUCUGUCGCCGGCAACAGACGCCAAGCAGUCUUCCACACGUCGAGUGAGUGCGUUUGGGCAGGGCCAGCUUAACAAGUAUCAGUUCGAUGCCGAGUACUCCAUACUCUCUUCAGGGAGGUCAGGGACUCACGAUGAUGAGGACGACAGUGCACCUGAGGAUUCACCAACAAGCGAUGUUGCCCCACCCGGCAGCCGUCCGCCUUUCAAGUUCCAUGUCGAGUCGUCGUACAGCCGUGAGUCGUCACGAGCAAAGCAGCCAUCGCAGCACACCUCGAACCAGUUUAGAACACCGAGUCGAUCGGGGCCACAGUUCAAACGCCAUGUGCCCCCAAGAGAGGAUGAUUCGCAAGACGAACACUCGGACUACACUGAUGGCAAGCGCGGCCCAACCUCGCCCUUCAAGAAUCCAACACCGAAGCGUCGAAGAACUAUCAACGAUAGUCUUGAGGAGAGCGAGAUGAAUGACUCGCACAGCGGUGCAGGAGCGCUCCCGACGCAAGACUCACACGCAGCAAUUCAGGCAGUCAUCAAAGAGGGCCUUCUAAAUGUCAAUCGUCAACCCCUCGCCGAUGCAGCAGAUCCGAAUAACCUGUCUCGAAGACACAUCUUAAGACCACGCAAUCCGACUCCUAGUCAACGAAGGCGUGAAGAGAUCGAAGCAGAGAUCAUGGAGGCUACAGAAGCAUUUAUGCAAGCUUCGCCAAAGCUGAACACUAUACGUGAGCAGUUGGAACCUUCCAUGGUGUCGGACGAAAGUGAUGAGCAAGACCGAGCGGCUGCAGUCGCAAACGAGGUCGCCAUGUUCACUAUGAAACGGCAAGCAACGCGCAGCCACCACCGCAAGCGAUCGGUGACCACGCAAGACUUCUUGGACGAAGCACUGAAGAUCAUGAACUUCAUCCGUACAAAGGGGAGACCAACUGGCGGGCUCGAUGAUCUCGAGGAAUUGUCAGAGUUCGAAAUGCCAGGAGAUGCAAGCGAGCAUCCAUCAACGUCAAUAACAUUCGAACGUCCUCCCAGUCGUGAAGGUCGGCGCUCUGCUUGGCGCGACCCCAACAGACAGCGCGAGUCAGAUCCCAGUGUCAUCAAACAUCUUCGAAAGUAUCAGGAGCGAGAAGAAGACUCCUUUUUGAGUUCAUCGGUGAACUCAGUGAAGAUCAUGAGGAUGGCCGGUGCGGUCCAGCCUGAUCAAAUCAGCGAAACCACCGAAAAGGGCGACAGCAGGAUCGAGGAUCACUUCACUCGACCCUUCGGCCCAGACUACAGCGAAUGGGACCCUAAUGAUACUCGCCCUCAGACUGGCCAAUCUGCGGGAUCAUCUCUGGGACACACGAUUGCUACGAAUAUAUCACGCCGCUCCGACCAAGUGGCAACUCUCGCACCCGAAGCAGUUGCACAUCUCAUCCCCCACCAGAUCGCAGGCAUGAGCUACAAUCGUGAGAAGAAGAUCUGGGUUCGCAAUAAGAGCCCUUCCAAACAGCAUCAAAUACCAGAAGAGGAGCACAGCAGCGUGAACCAUAGUCAGAGUGAAGAAGACCCGUUCGGCAACAUCCCGGAUCUCUCGGUGAGUGAAACGAAGGAGUUCAUCGCACAGACCACGACACCACUGCAUUCUCAACCCACCGCGGAGACACUCCUGGAAGACGACGAAGCCGAGGAUGAAGCGCGUCCAAUGACAUGCGCAAGCUCUGUGCCUUCAAAGGCUUCCAACAACUUCGGCUGGAGCUUUACGAAGACAGAGACACGAGCCACAUCGUGUAGUACACAAUCGCCACGAAAACAAAGUGCGCAAAAGGCUCCCACGCUACACACAACGUAUGCGAUCCCAGAGUCCGAUGAGGAUGAUAUUGAGCACGAGAUACAAUACUUCGAGGACCGCACUGCAGCUACGCCUAGAAUACCGCGUGCCCGCGUUCGUGACAUCACAAUUUCCUUCGCGCAGCGGGAGGGGGCAGAUCAGGACCGACGGCAUACAGAGCCUCCAAAUCACUUCGGGCAGCCCCAGCGAGAUUUCUCGGGCGUCCAAUCCACGUAUGGCAGUACACUUCGCAGAAAGCGGCCAAAUCAAAGACCAAGGUUCAACACUGAUGGCGACUUAUCGGUCCUGGAGGAAGUGCCUUCGAAGAACUAUCGAAUGGAGCUUUCAAUGAACGUCUCAGCACCAGUCCUUGGACAAGGCAAGCAGGACGGUCUGUUGGUAGCGCCGCCAUCGCCACUGAAAGGAGACGUCACCUUCAUGCUCAGCGAUCUUCCUGACUUUACUUUGAACCAGAUCGACGAGUUCGAGCAUCCAGACCGAGUUGUUGUUCAGCACGAUGGUACUCGAUACACCAAGGCAUUAGAGGACCGGUAUGCUCAAGGCACUGCUGAGCUUGUGAGAGCAUUGCAGGAUGUCGAGCCAGAUGAGCCAUACUGGGAGGAUCUUCGCGAAGUCACUUUAAAAGGCAAGAACUUGGGUAGUUUGCACCGGCUGGACGAGCUUUGCUACCGCCUCGAAGAGCUCGACGUCUCAGACAACAACAUUGGCCAAGUCGAGGGCAUCCCGUAUGCUAUGCGUCGGCUACAUGCACAGAACAACUCGCUUACCGGUCUCACUUCCUGGGCAACGUUGGGCAAUCUGCAGCAUCUCGACAUCUCCAACAACGACAUCGACAGCCUAGACGGGCUUGCUGAGCUCGUGCAUUUGCGGGUGCUGAAGGUCGACAACAAUAAGCUGAAAUCGCUCGAUAGUAUCUUGCAUCUCGAUGGUUUAAUUGAGUUGCAUGCUGGGGGCAAUGACAUCGAUCUGGUGGACUUUGCGCGAUCGAAUUUCAAAUCCUUGACUGAUCUGGACUUGCGCAAGAACCGCCUACUGGAGGUGCGCAAUGUGCAUCGCCUGCCGCAGCUCCGAAACCUAAACCUUGACGAUAAUGAGCUUGACGAGUUCCCACUUUCCGACACGCCGUCUGAUCCUUGCAAACAUCUGCGAUCCCUUCGGAUCUGCCGUAACGGUAUGACAUUGCUCGACGUCGAGGGACACUUCCCGAGACUUGAGUCACUCUACGUUGAUGGUAACUCCUUGACCCAUGUCACCGGUCUCGAACACCUACGCCGUCUUCAUACAUUCUCAGCAAGAGAUCAGACCCUGGGAAACGACUCGGAUGCGGAGACCUGUGUGGGAAACCUCGUCAGGAACACUGACGUCAACAACCUUUACAUCUCUCUCAACCCGGCAUAUACUCUGGGUAUUACACAGCAUCUCAUGAAUCUUCAGCGGCUCGAACUUGCGUCUAUGGGCUUGAAAGAGUUGCCCGACAACUUUGGGCAGCUGACACCGAACAUUCGAUCGGUCAACCUCAACUUCAACUCGCUGCAAGACCUCCGGCCACUAUUAAAUAUCAAGAGACUGAGCGAGCUGCUGCUGGUCGGCAACAAAGUCGACCGCCUGCGCCAGAAUGCUAUGGUGCUUGGGAAGUUCCCGUCCCUUUCAAAGCUGGACUGGCGAGACAAUCCCGUCACGCUCCGCUUUUACGCUUCGGCCUCUGAAAACAGGGUCAUGUCCCUUAGACGAAACCCAGAUGACGAGCAACUCACUGACCGCUUUGUCCUUCCGCGCGGCGACAUCGAGGCAGAUGAGCAGUACCAAACACGACUUGACUAUGAGACACGCAUCAGACGUCGAGUCACCGAGAUGAUGCUUGCCAACAUGUGCCGAGACCUUCGUGAGCUUGAUGGCAUGUCAUUCGACAAGACGCGCGUCCUCGUCAAGGAUGAUGUCUGGGAGCGAUUGACAAUUCUCGGUGUGAUCAGGAAGAAACAACCAGAGAAGACGAACAAUGACGGAAAUGGAUAG